ACUCUCGGAUGCAGCGGGUAGGGAGCAGUUUCUCCACCGGGCAGCGCGAACCCGGGGAAAACCGGGUAGCUUCCCGAUGUCCCAGCGUGGCCCUUGCCGAACGAAAUCAAGUGGCCACUCUACCCGUGAGGCUGCUCAGGGAUGAGGUGCAGGGCAGUGGCUGUGAGCAACCAAGUUUCCAGAUGAAGGUGGAUGCCCAAGGUUUCGCUCCGGAGGACUUGGUGGUGCGGAUAGAUGGCCAGAAUCUGACGGUGACCGGCCAGCGGCAACACGAGUCGAAUGACCCGAGCAGGGGCCGCUACCGCAUGGAGCAGAGUGUUCACCGACAAAUGCUGCUCCCGUCGACCUUAGAUCCUGCAGCCAUGACCUGCAGCCUGACCCCCUCCGGCCAUCUGUGGCUUAGGGGACAAAACAAGUCCCUACCUCCCCCUGAAGCCCAAACAGGCCAGUCCCAGAAACCCAGGAGGGGAGGCCUUAAGGGUUCCUUAAACAACGGAAGUGUGAAGAAGCCUUAAAGUCUCUCAGUGUUCUUCCUGAGGGUGAAGAAGCCCAAACAGACUAGGCCCUGAGACUCAGGAGGGGAGGCCCUAGGCACUCCAAUCUACCCUAAUGUAUUAAACCGAGGUGUGC